AACACGCCCCACCUCACCCCUUCGACAUACCAUCAAGACGGUCCAUCUUCCAUCCCCCCAAAAGUACCACUGCCCACUGAGAAUCUAACUCCAUAUUAUCCUAGAUACCAUUACUACACGAACAAGAAGCCUAUCCUCACUAUUAGUGGCUCGUCAAUGGAAGAGUACGUUAAAAUCAGUAACGUACAAGACUGGAAGCUUAGACAAGCUUUGCCAUUAAGACUAGCAACUAUUUUCAACUAUAUAGUUAUUGGAUUCUCUAACGCUAUGAUUGGUCUGUUAUACAACUAUUCCGAUUACAUGGCAUCGGGCGUAUCACUUGUUUCUCUCUUCUUCUUCGGUCUUUUCUUAUUGAUAACGGCCCUUAACCUAACAGCCUUCGUAUUAGGUAUAAGGGCCUUCUUCGCUCGAUGCAUGGUGAAUCGUAUGGCCAAGCGACCUAAUCCAGUUUGGGAUGCUAUUUGGUACUAUAUCAGGCAAAUGAUCAAAUGGACCCUCGCAGUAACAAUUGUUGAGAUUCUUAUCCUUGUAGUCUUCGACAUUUCUCCUUUCUCUUUCAUGGGUAUUGCUACUGUGCUCGGCUUCCUUGCCCUUAUAAUGUCAAUCUACCGUCUCUCAGCUCUCAACAAGGACAAGAGAGAGGAAGCGAAGACUCAGGACAUGAGUCUAAACCGCGCUAGUGGGUAUCGUAUCGCCGGAUAUAUGUACAAGCUCGAGGUUGCUUUUGCUGUCUUGGUUGUCGUAACUGCUAUCGUUAGUAUUGGUGUUGCUAUUGGUGGAGUGAGGGCCCUGGAUCAGUCACAAAUGUAA